CAACAUGCAGUAUUACAAACGAAUUUGACACAUUAUCUUCCAAUGACACGAGUAUUAUCAUAUUAAAGAUAGUUCAAAUUUUCAAUUUGAUGUUGAUGAAGACUAGCAAUUCACGUUAUUCGACACCGACAACAGUAUACAACGUAUUAUUAUAGAUUCGUGUAAACAUGUUGUGGGUAUUAAUUUGCGGUCCAUUAUUAAUAAUGCGAUUAUCAGUUGGUAUGCGUUUAGAAGAUCGGCUGGAUGUUGUUAGAAAAAUACUACAUGAAGUGCCUCUUAUUGACGGCCACAACGAUUUACCGUGGAAUAUUAGAAAAUUUUUAAAGAAUCAACUACGUGAUUUUCGGUUUAAUGAAGAUUUACGUGGUGUUGCACCUUGGUCACAUAGUUCAUGGUCACAUACAGAUUUACGACGAUUACGUGAAGGAAUGGUUGCUGCCCAGUUCUGGUCAGCGUAUAUUCCUUGCUCGUCACAGUACCUAGAUGCAGUACAAUUAACGCUCGAACAAAUUGAUGUAAUUCGAAGAUUGGUCGCCAAAUAUCCUUCACAUAUGACGUUAGUUACAACGUCUGAAGGAAUAGAAAAAGCUCAUGAAACACGACAUUUAGCAAGUUUGAUUGGCGUAGAAGGUGGCCAUGCAAUAGGAAAUAGUUUAGCAGUAUUACGAAUGUUUUAUCAACUUGGUGCACGCUAUCUCACUUUAACACAUACAUGUAAUACUCCUUGGGCAGACUGUUGUAUUGUGGAUGAACCAGGAAAGGUGCCCCAUAUUGGUGGUUUAUCAAAUUUUGGAAAGAUGGUAGUAAAAGAAAUGAAUCGUCUUGGUAUGAUGGUUGAUUUAUCCCACGUUAGUGUACCAACAAUGUUGGAUGCAUUAAUGACAAGUCGUGCACCAAUUAUAUUUUCACAUUCAUCAGCGCAUGCUAUAUGUAAUAGUUCACGUAAUGUGCCUGAUCAUGUUCUCAAAAGACUGGCAGUAAAUGGUGGCCUUGUAAUGGUCGCUUUUUAUCCCCAUUUCAUUAGUUGUAGUGAUACAGCGACGCUUCAUGAUGUAGUUGCUCACAUUAAUCAUAUUCGUGAUGUAGCAGGUGUAGAUCAUGUAGGAAUUGGAGCUGGUUAUGAUGGAAUUAAUUUAACUCCAUUAGGAUUGGAAGAUGUAUCAAGGUAUCCGUAUCUGUUAGCGGAAUUAUUGGAUACUGGUUGGAGUGAACAAAAUCUUCAAAAACUUGCUGGGCGUAAUUUAAUUCGGGUAUUUCGGCAGGUAGAACACGUACGGGACCAAUUAGCAGCUGUUGGUGUACAACCAUUAGAAGAUACCAUACCACGCGAAGAUGUAAUGGGUCGUACAUAUUGCCGUUAUACGGGCACGUGAUUACAACAGAAUGUGAAUUAUAAAUCUUGUACGAUUGGUUCAAUUAAUAAAAUGCCACAAACAGACGACGACAAUGAAGAAAUAUUACAUAUUCAAGAUGGCGUUGGCGUUAUUGAU